UGAAAAAAACGGUGCUAUCAUUCAUUCAUAUGCUGCCACAUUAAAAAUACAAACCCUCUUAAAACCUUCAUGCACCAAACUUCUCUGUCCACACUGUCAAAAGCUUCAUUUCAUUUCAUUACCUUAUUCUUCCUUUUACAAAGAACCACUCUAUGGCAUUCACAAUCAUAUUCUUUCAACCAACCUUUCUUCUUAUUCUUCUUCUUGUUCCUCUCCAUGUUACAGAUGCAUAUUCUUCUAUUCAAGAGCUUCUCCUAAACCAUGGUUUACCAGCAGGGCUAUUCCCGGAGAGUGUAAAAUCAUACAAUUUGGAUAAAAGGGGUGUUUUGGAAGUGAAGUUGGAUAGUCCUUGUAUUGCAAAAUAUGAAACUAGAGUGUUUUUUGAAACUGUUGUUAAAGCUAACCUUAGUUUUGGUCAGCUUAAAGGGUUGGAGGGUCUUUCUCAAGAAGAGCUUUUUUUGUGGUUACCUGUUAAAGAUAUUAUUGUCAAUGAUCCUUUGUCUGGUCUAAUUCUUAUUGAUAUUGGUGUUGCUUAUAAGCAACUCUCUCUUUCUCUCUUUGAAGAUCCUCCAGUUUGUAGAUCCCAAGGUUUUUCAAUAAAAAUGGGUGGAAGGAAGAGUAUUGGAUUUCAAGAUCAGAGAUAAAAGAUGAGCUGUUUAUCUAUCUGGAAAGAUGGUUUCUUUUCUUCUUUUUCUUUUUCUAUUUCCAAUUUUGAUUUUGUUUUGUUCAUUAGAAAUGAUUAUACUGUGUAAUGUGCAUAGAUACCAGGAGGGUUGUGAUUAAAUUAGAAGUAAGUUGAGACUUGAGAGAAGAAGUAACAAAAAAGAAGCUGCUGAUGGUGGUGUUUAUUGUAAAAUAUUUCAAUGCAACUUUAUGUGCCGAUUUUUUUUACUAAUAUUCAAGCAAAGUUGUUUCAUUUCA